AUGCACACUUCUUCGCUGGCAUUCACUGUCUUCAAAAAUUUUGGUUUUUGGCGUCCUAUUAAGUGUUCUUCCUUUUUGGCAAUAUGGCUGUACAAUGGCUUCACAAUCUUCAUGGCUUUUCUUAUAAUUACUUCUACAUUAUCAGAACUUAUGGACGUUAUUUUGAACGCAAAAACUCUAGAUGAAUUUACCGGUAAUUGUUUCAUGAUGAUGAGCAUGAUUAACGUGUGUUUCAAAACAACAAAUAUCUUGAUGAAACGUGGACAAAUUAUUACUCUCAUCAACAUGCUACUUAAAGCUCCAUUUAAACCUCGUGAUCAAGAGGAAAUUGAGAUUAUUGAAAAGUAUCGUAAAGUUUCUAGGUGGAUAUUUUAUUCUUAUGGAGGAUUGACUUGGACUUGUAUAGUUAUCAUAACUAUUAGGUCAAUUGUGGGUGCUUUUGAAGGACUAUUGCUAUUCAGGGCCUGGCUGCCCUAUAAUUUAUCAACUCCACUGAUUUUCUGGCUGUCAUAUUUUCAUCAAAUGAUUGCACACACUGCUGGUGGUUCUACGCAAGUAGCCAAUGAAUGUUUGAUAGUUGGGUUGAUGUUAGACAUUUGUGCACAGUUGGAAAUUCUCAAACAUCGAUUACAUCGAAUAAGUCAGAUGAGUGAAGAGAUGCCGAAUUCUGAAACAGUAAAAUAUUAUAAAAAGAGUAAUUCAUCUGCAGUUAUAGCCGAAUGCGUUGAACACCAUCUUCAUAUAGUCGAAUUUUCAAGACAAAUAAAUCAAAUAUUCUAUUGGGUAAUUUUUAUCCAAUUCUCUGUGAGUACAGUGAUUAUAUGCUCAAGUAUAUAUCAGCUGUCAAGGAUGCCGAUGGGAAGUGCACCAUUUGUAUCAUUAUCCAUAUAUUUAUCAUGCAUGCUUUUCCAGGUCUUCCUUUUUUGCUGGUACGGCAACGAGGUCAUUUUACAGAGCCUAAAUCUUAAUAAUUCUGUUUAUGAAAUGGAUUGGACACGCUUAGGAAUACGGGAAAGAAAAGAGCUUUUAAUAAUAAUGACUCGAGCUACAAAGCCUAUCAAGAUUGCAAGUGGUGCCAUAAUUCGGUUGUCUCUUAGCUCCUUUACACAGAUUUUAAAAUCAUCAUAUUCAGCAUUCAACGUACUGCAACAAUCAUCACACUGA